AAAAAAAAAAAACCUUACUUUGUUUCUCACUUGUUUUGCUUUAAUAAUCAUUCCUCAUGUCCUGUCAACCAGUCACGCGAGCGCGAUUUUCAACCGUUGCGCAUCAUUGCGAUAAGCACACUGCUCCUCUGGUCUUGAUCAUUGGCACCACGGGUUGGAUGGUUGUUGUUAUCGGGUUAUCAAUCCUUUCCCCGGAAUCCGUGUUCAGUCCCGGGCGGUGAUUGUGAUUGAGGAUCAAAUCUUCCUAUGGCGACGGCUUGGUUCGGAUCGCCAUUGCAAAGGGUGCUUUGUCCUGUCAAUCGCUGCCAAUCACGGUGUAGAGGGUGUAGGAUAAGGCGAUAGUGGCGAUCGAUGCUGUGAUUGUUGAAAAAAGCAAUGUACAUAAGAUGUAAAGACUUAUUGGUGAUGGUGCUGCAAGAUUGGUUGAUAAGAGCCAGUCCCCUGAUUCAUAAGUCUU